AGGUGGAGCACACAGGGGCAAACCUACCGGAAAAGAAAACUCAAUGGGCCCCCCUCAACCCCAUUCGCUGACCUGCAACAAGCUGAGAAAGCAGCGGGAUAUUUUCGCUUUUUUUUUUCAGCAGCGGAAAAGUAAAACUGAAGACGGAAAGUCGAAGCUGAUGGCGUUGCAGCAUUUCCAGAUGAUUCAAGUGUCGAUCCCGUCCAUGGAGAGGAAAGUGGAUGAGUCUGGCAAGUCGAAAAAGCUGUUCAGAGUUGAAGUCUUGUUUAAUGAGAGGAAACAUUAUGUGCUCAGAAAAAACAGUGAGUUCCAGACCCUCCACAGGAAGCUUAAGAAGAUAAUCCAGACUCCAGAUUUUCCAAGCAAAAGGAGCCCCCAUCUAAGGACCAAACCAUUGGAGCAAAGGCGGCAGGAGCUGGAAGAUUACAUCCAGGACAUUAUCUACCAAAAUGAAGAUGUUCCACAGGGUCUGCUGGACUUCCUCCAUGUGAAACACUUCCACACAGGGAACAAGAUCAGCAGUGUUGGAUCAAUGGAUGAACUGGACAGUCAGGAAUACAAUCACCAGCUACCACAUCAACGAGUUUUGGGAUUCUUCCAGGAUCCUUAUCUCUCCGGCAGCUCAUCAGGCCUCCCGGAUAUUGUAGUGGAUGGAGUCGUACAGGGUUUCUACCCCAGGGAUGUUCGGGUCAGUUUCAGCACCUCCAUUCUCUCUGAGAAUGAUGCCACGUCUUCCAUUGAGGCCUGAGAGACAGUACAGUCCAGAAAUCCAAUGCAGGAUGACAUACAGUUGCAUUUCCAUAAAUAAAUAUCAUUAAAAGGUUUGAUUCAGUAAGGACAAUGUAACUCACACAAUAACACAGAUUUAUGAUAUAUUUCAAGCAUAUUUUGAUAAUUGUGAUUUUUUUUUUUCCAAUGAAAAAUAAUUUUCACUGAAAAUUUUAUUAUGCAAAACAAGGAUUUUUAAACACAAACAUGUCAUCCUACUGAAAACUAUCUUCAUGCACUCUUCAGUAUAUACACUUAAUAUUUUGUUGUGGCUUGUUCUGCAUGAAUCACUGUAUCAGUGUGGCGCUGCAUGGAAACAAUCAGCCUUAGGCCCCUCUGAGGCGUUAAGGAAGCCCAGGUUUUUUGAUGGCAACGGUGGUAGGGGUUCAUCAUGUGACCCUUGGGUUGCUGGUUUGAAUCCUCGCUCUGUCCCAAUGUUGUGUCCUUGUGGAAGACACUCGCCUUACCUGCUGAUGGUGGUCAGAGGGCUCGGUUCUGUCAGUUUGCCCCAGGGCAGCGGUGGGUAUAAUGUAGCCUAUUACUGUCAGUGUGUGUGAAUGGGUGUAUGACUGAUCGUAGUGUAAACAGCUUUGGAGUCCUCAGACUUGAUAAAGUGCUUUGCAAGUGCAGAUAAUUUACUAUUUAUCCUUUUAAUAGUAGUUUUCUGCUCGUCUUCAUUCUUGGGUUUCAUGUCGCUCAUCUAGGUCAGGCCAGUUGACUGGCUAAUUAAACACAGUGAUGCCAUGGACACUAAAAUGGGCUGGUUACUUUGACAGUGUCGGCCAGCCCCAAGUCCUGCUUGAUAAUGAAAUCAGCUUCUCCAUAAAGCUUGUCAUUAGCGGGAAAUAAGGAGUGCUCAUACUGGACCUCAUUCAACUUGGAUUGUUUGCCUCUUCACACUUCUUCCAGAUUCUGGGAGCUUGAUUUCUCAAUAGAUUUCUCAAUAGAUUUCUUAUUAAAAAAUGCAACAACAGUUUUUGUUACAAACUCUACAUCACAUAAUAAGCUAUCUAAGCCACAGUUAGACAAAUAAGCAACCAGAAAAAAAGUUCUGGACAUUACUGUAAUGUCACACAAUACAUCCAUCUCUAUUGGAUGGUCUGUUUAGAAAUCAGCCUACCAUUGGAUUUGCAUCAUCCGAUGCGAGCAAUAGAAGCAGCAGGCCAUAAAUCCAACAUAGUGCUGGAAAACAUGUUUAUUCCCGCAGUUGGCUAUCCAAUUAGUUAUCCAACCCCACUAUCACUCCACCCUCAUUUUCUUUCUUCCACUGUGUUACUUACUGCCACUGCUGGAAAAUUGUUGUUUCAUUGUUGGACUCUUACUGAAAUCUUUUUUCUGCUGGGGCUUAGCCCAGGCAUAAUGCAACAUUUAUGUAUUAAAAAUCCUGUUUUAAUAAGUGUUAUGUAAUUCCCAAUAUUUUUGAAUAUCUGAUUUUUGGGUUUCCAUUAACUGUGAGCUAUAAUCACCAAAAUGAACGGAAAUGGGUCAAAUGCUUUGUUGGUAUUGCAUGUUACACAUACAGCAACAUUGCAGGGUCUUUCCUUGAAAACAUGCAACAAACAUUCACUUAUAUUCCCAUUAUGAGUUUCACUUUUUGUACUAAAUUACUGAAAUCCACUGACUUUUCAAGGACAUUCUAAUGUAUUGAGAUGCCGCUGUAUAAAUGAAAAGCCAUUUGUAUCAAUAGAGGCAAAUUUUAAGGUUGAGUUGAGGAUUCAAGUCUACAACCCCGGCUUUGUCACUGCAAUGUGAUUCACUUCUCCUGAUUGCAGCUCAUUUCUGACUCUGCAGCCUUUUACUUGACCUUCGUAGACAUAAAGAUGUAAAUAUAUUUUAGUUUACAGUCAGUUGUCCACAUAAGUAUUUGACCUAACAAAUCUGACAUGUGGGCAACAUCAAAAGCUGCAAUAAGCAUAGAUGUCAUGCUGUUUUUAACAUUCUGUCUUUGAAAGUAAUGUGGAAACUUUAUAAAGCAAGUGUUUGUGUUGAUUUUUUUCAUUUAGUUUUAUACUAUUUGUAUAAUGUUUAUAAUAUUUUUUUAAUAAAUCAGAUCAAUCAAAAAGUA